ACAGCAAACGCAGACAGACCAACCCCGUCUUCUCGACUUUUCCAAAUUCCAAUCUACCAAAACUUCUCUCUUACACACACACACACACACACACAUUCACCAUGAAGUUCUCUAGCAUUGCCAUCUUCGCGGUUGCCGCCCUUGUUCAGGCCAACCCAGCCCCCUCACCCGCUCCCUCCCCAGCUCCCGUCCCGGCCCCAGGCCUCUUCGGCGACAUCUCCACCUUCAUCGACGGUGCCGCCAACAAGGUCUCAACCUUCAUCGACGGCAUCCACUCCAACAUUGACGAGGGCAAAUCCAAGGGCAGCGCCAUCGGCAGCGCCAUCAACUCCAUCCUCCACACCGAGGCGUCCGAUGCCUCCAAGGUCAUUGCCAGCCUCACCUCCGAGGCCGGCUCAAUCUUCAGCUCCCUCAGCAGCGUCGCUGCCACCGCCACCGGCUCGGCUGCCUCCUCAUACAGCAGCGAAAUCUCCAAGCUGAGCGCGUCCCUCGCCAGCGCAACCAGCGAGGCCGCCGCCGCCGUCUCCACCAAGGAAAAGGGUGCUGCUGGCCCUGCUCAGACCGGCUACGUGGCCAUGGGUGCGCUGAUGGGAGGAGCUGCUAUCCUCGCUAACAUGUAAGCGAGGCUGGUGAAUGCUCGCCGUACGUGUUCUUUUAUGGAGCCAGAUUUUGGCCGAGGGAAAUGGAUGGAUAUACGCAUUUGUAUGUGCAUGGUGUAGGGAACACCGUAAAGGAAAGGAGGAAGACAAAAAUACCCCCCUAAUUCACGAGAGCGUAUUGUGACAUGCCUUUGUUAAGGGCGCCUUUUAAUUAUG